UCAAAGUAACAUUGAGCCAGCCUGCUGCUGCCCAAUCCCCUCACUGCCCCCUCACUGCCAGUCAAGAUGACAAACGCCUAUUUUUUAUGUUGUUUCUAUCCGUUCAGUUGAACAACGCCAAACUCCAAAACAUACCCAUAUCCCAUGAAGCUACCUAGGUAGCUUUGAAAAUGACGACCUAUGUAUGGAAGGCGCCGGGUGAUGGGAGCCUUCAACAAGUCCAAAUCGGAGCUGCUGAUGUAAUUGCUACUUUAUCUGCUGCGGCAACCGCCUGGGGGUGGAUUGGCGGCCUUGACGGAAUCAAAGGGGUUCUUCAAAACUUUCCACGCCUUCGUGAUGCGACCGACCUUAAGAAGUUAGGAGUUAACCUACAGCUUAAGGAUGCCACAUGUAAUAUCAUUACCAUGUCUGGGGUCUUCACAAUGCAGAACAGCGAUGGAAAAGACGCAUUUGGUGGCCAUCCCAUCACUCAGUUGAUUGGCCUCACUAUCUGUGCCUUGGCCUACAAACUUGGAACUGAUAAAGCUACCCAACUCUUUAUGGAUCACUUCGCCGACUACCUUCUCCAAGGGGAGAAGCAUGGAAUGGUCGAAGCCCUUCAUUUACAGCUUAUAGACAACGCUACACUUAUCAUCAAUGAAGGAGCGACUCGGGGACUUCAUAACAGUUUUGAACAGGCUAUUCAGAAUUCGCAUCUGGCACGGAAUCCGGAUGCGCCAAUAGCCCCGUCGCUUUUUGAAGCAGAUAUCGGUUACGUUGUUGGUCUUCUCCGAUGGAUCCGAAGCGGAAACACCCAGCCUUACCUAACGAGGAGCGCAGUCGUGUGCCAUGUAGCAAUUUGUCUCAAGGAGGUUGGCUAUAUGAUCGGGGUUAUCAGGGCGUGGGAUGGCGAAGGUGAAAUACCGACACACCGUCGUGGAAUUAUUUUGGUGACAGGCGGUAGUCAUGAUACGGAUCCAGAAAUGCUCACUGGAGACACUCUCAACUUGGGGGCUAAGCGGGCAGUGAUACAUUAUUACCGUCAAGAGACAGUGGGGUCGUUGCUAUUCAACAUAUUCGGCCAUUUGUCGACAUUGCAGGCUGACGCCUAUGACAACUACUUUAGGGAGACUAACAAGUGCAUAAAAAAUGCUCUCCGACUUACCUGGGCAAAUGUCACUAUGGGUAGGCCCAAGGCCGGCGAAGUUAGGCGACCAAAUCACAUCGCAGCGGUGCUAAGUCGGAAGGAAGCUUCGCAGUUGAGGCCUUCCAAAAUAGCCGUAUCUUUGGCACAUAUCUACUUCGCUGACUUGGCUGAAAUUAUUGCACCUUGCUAUGAAGUUAUUGCCCAAGAUGAAGUCCUCGCCGCCAUGAGAGCACACUUCAAAAAUAACACGACCACCCUAACGCCGGAAGCGAUAGAAUUCAGGAUAAUUUCGCUAUCAAUCUUCAUUAGCAUUGCCGAGAUACUCGCCGGUCCUGAUUAUGAUAAGCUUCAACAUGCAAUUAAGAUUGACGUACCACCUGAUCAAUUUUUAGAGAGCGUCAGUCGAAUGCAAUCGCAUCUCAAAAACGGCGCGAUGGAUUAUUGGGAAGUGGUAAUGUUUGUCGCCGUGUUUCAUGCGCACGCGGAUCCAUCGGUUUUGAUGGAGCCCCCCGAUGAUGGUAUAGUUGGUUAUAGGGAUGGGGCUUUUGCGGUUCUUCCCGCUCUAAUAUUUCAUCUUAAACCAGAUCAGCAGGCGCUAGGACUACGCUGCGUAGACGAAUUCUAUUCCUUACCCGUUCAGUCUGACAAUAAAAUUCGUUCAAGCCGAUCAGAUCCCUGGUUGCCAACGGAACGCGAGGAAGAUCCGCAUGAAUACAUGGUGGACUACCCCAAGUUGGCGCCAGCUGACGUAGAUAUUUACCUCUCUGUGGAACGCCUACCUACCCAACAAUCACCAGUCAUAUGCCUUGCAGCGCGGCAUGGCGGGUACCUCGUCGGAACAGUUGGAAUUAAGCCUGUUAUAGAUACCAUUAAUAGAAGCCCUAUAGCCUUUAUGGAUUCAUGCAAAGGCCAUAGUACUCGAACUAUGGCGCGAAUUUUACAGAGUUCGGAUUGGUUAAAACAUCGUCUAUAUAAUUCAAUCGACCAAGACCGGUAUAACAACUACAUAACGGUAGCAAAUCAUCCGCUGUGGGCGCUAUUCCUCGCCGGGCAGGAUGCGACCAAUAGCGGAGGCGUAUAUAUCGUAUUCGGCUGCUUUGAUUGUACAGCUGAGUAUCGUCAUCGCGUUGGUGAAUACCUAGCCCGCCGCCGGCUGCCUUCGCACACCCGGCAGUCUUCAGAUCCGCGGAUAAAAGAUGCCGGGGCAAUUUUCGUUGGUUUUGGUGGCCUUGGUACGGAUUCUUAUUUGCAAUUAGUUCUAAGACAACCAGGCGGGGGAUCAUGAAAUAAGUCGAGACGAACCAUAAGAACGAGCGUAAACCCCUAUACCUAGAAAUACUACCAAAAUAUCAACAUCCUUCAAUGACACACACUUACCUCCGCCCCCUCCCCCUGUGUCUUACUUUCUCUUAUAGAAAAAUUCUUGGAGGUUUGUAGCGAUAGGUUCCCCGAAUUCAAACCCCA